CACUUGCAAACUUAAACACAAACACUAAUAUUUAGCUACUUUUCUUGCAUUUGUUAACUAAAUAACACUUGCAAUUAAGAUGAUGAUCAAUAUAUUUUCACUUGUUAUUUUCAUUAUUCUUCUUCACACCAAAACUACCCUAUCCCAGUCUCCGGCUGCUGCACCGGCCCAGGGACCGGCGAUCGCAUCCCCUCCACCACCACAACCACCAGUAUCAUCACCUGCUCAACCAUCUUCAGUACCAGCCCCUACCAAUGUCACGAAAAUCCUGGAAAAAGCUGGUCACUUCACUAUCUUUAUUCGCCUUUUAAAGUCAACAGAAGAAGAAAACCACUUGCUUACCGUCCUAAAUAACUCAAACAAUGGUCUAACCAUCUUUGCCCCAACCGAUGGUGCAUUUUCGACACUUAAGUCAGGAACUCUUAACUCGUUGACUGAUCAAGAAAAAUCAGAGCUGGUUAAGUUUCAUGUAAUUCCUUCUUUUUUAUCAACUUCACAAUUUCAAACUGUUAGUAACCCAGUUGGGACUGAGGCUGGAGCUGGUGGCCGAGUAGCUUUAAAUUUCACUACUUAUCAAAGUUCAGUUAAUAUCACUACAGGUCUUACUAACACAAGUAUUUCCGGUACUGUAUACUCUGAUAACCAAUUAGCUAUUUACAGGGUUGAUAAAGUUUUGCUUCCUAUGGAUAUUUUUACAUCCAAGUCUCCAGCUCCAGCUCCAGAACCAGUAAAAGGGAAGAACCCCAGUAAGAAGAAAGCUCCUGCUUCUACUGAUGUCACAAGUCCUGUUGCUUCGGCUACUGCUACUACUACUACUACUACUGAUACUCCUACUGUGAAUACUUCAGGUGCAGAAAGUUCUGCCUAUUAUGAUUUGGCGGUUAUUGGAGUUGGUUUGGUUGCUGCAGUUUUUUGUUUAUGAUAUGGGUAUUAAAGGGUUUUGGAUUUUCGGGUUUUGGUGUUUUUUUCUUUUCUUGGGAGUUGGAUUGAAUGGUGGUGAUCGGCAUUGUUUGUGAGUGCUUUUCAAUAACUGCCACUUUUUCUCAUUCAGUCCUAUAUAUAUUUUGCAUCGGUUUAAUCUGAUUUAUUAGAAUUCAGUUUGAGUUCUGGUAUCUGUAAUAAAAAUUAAUGUCUUGUAUUAAUCUAUAAAUGUUUAAUUAAUUAUUCUUUUUUUUUAA